CAGUUUUUCCGACUGUGUCCUGUUGACAAAGAAAAAUGGAUUCUUACUGCACUAAUGCAAACAACUAUAUUGCUAUAAGUUAAGAGUACUUACGGGUAGUCUCCAAAUUAAAGAGGAACCAGGUGGGGGAAAAUGAACAUUGUUACUCAUGUCUGUAUAAAGACCACCUGAGCAGGCUUAGUGUGAUCAGCAAGGCUGUUUACUCACUUGGGUGCAAGUGGGCUGAGUCUGAGAUAGGAGUCAGUGAAGGAUGGUGGGAUUAGCUUUGGUUCUUAUAUUAGCAUUGGUUCUUAUAUUAGCAUUGGUUCUUUGGGAUAGGUGUUGGAGUCAGGAGCAGUUUUUUUGUGGGCAAGGGAUGGAUGUUACAAAGUACAUUCUCAAGGGUGGGGAGGAUGUUACAAAGUACAUUCACAAGGGCAGGAAGGAAUGUUACAGAGUACAUUCACAAGGGCCGGAGGGUGUAUUGUCAUAAGGGCAGGGAGGAAUGUAACAAAGUACAUUCACAAGGACAGGGAAUAUCACAAAGCACAUUAUCAUAAAGGCGGGGGAAUAUCACGAUGGUUUGACCAUGGUGCAGCCAGCUCAGAGGACCUUACAAACUUGCUCCAAAUUUUAUUAUAGUAGUAUACCUUACUCAAUUAUUAAAGGCCGUAAAUAGUUUAAAAUAAGUUUCCUUGACUCUGAAAAACAAAACAAGGAUCAACAAUAUUCCUAACAAAAGUUAAAAAGUUGCUUAAACUUUUUGAGUGCAAUCCACUUAGUUAACUCUUGUUUUGCUUGAUAUUUGUGAACAUAUCAGUUCUUUAGGAGUCCCAUACCUUCUUUCUCAAUUUCAGUGUUACAAUCUUCAAAGCUAUUAAAAACCAGCAUUUGAGAACACCUGUUAAUGUCCUUAAUAUAGCUUGAUUAUAAACCAUCUUUUGAGAAGGAACAAAGCAAGACAACAAUUGUCUGCAAAUGACAAAAUUUUCAGGAUAGCUACGGUUAAAAACAUGACUGAUUAAUUUAUUUAUUUCCAUGGUUUACAGUAACUUUACCCUUAAUUGUGAUUGAUAGCAUAUACUUGGGCAUUAGAAUUUUAGAAAUCCCAUACAAGUUUGGAACAUGUAUUAGUAUUAUUUACCGAAAUAUAAUGUAAAGAAGAUUGGACAUCAUCUUGGCAAUCUUAUGUAACUAAACGUGUCAAAUAAUCCUGUCUACCUUUUCUUUGAAUGUUUCAGGGGCCCUCUGAGCCAUCCAGAAAGCCAGGCAUCAGUAAGGACAAUUUCCAGAUUGGCAUAAAUUAUUUUGCCAAAAUGAUGACUUAAAAGGCAAAAACGUUUCAUUAGCCUUUACUAUGAGAUGAAAAUUUUGUUUAAAACCAAAUUUUACAAUUGCAUUUAGUUUAUUGAUGUUAACCCCAAUUAGGUUAAAUGAAACCUUAUAGAUUAUUUCAUCUAAUUUUAACCAAUUUGACCAUGAAGUAGAAAUCUUACAAACCUUUCACAACCUUUUUACUAAAGGGUGGAUUGUGCCUUAAGACCUUCUUGCUAUGCUUUUAUUUCAGUGCUUAAUUUAUGAAAAGAACAUAUAAAUAUAAUGGGAGAAGACACUGUAGUGCUUCUACCAUGCAUGUCAUUGCAAGGCAACCCAAAGCCAAUUGGCUUAUUUUGUAAUCAGUCCAUCCCUGAUGGGAGUCUCAUCUCCCAGUGCGGGGUGAGGAUGUUUCCUUAUCUUCCAGGUGGCCAAGAGCAUACUUUUCUAAUUUAUAACUACUAUUAGCCAUCCCUUACAGUGUGUUUUCUACCUAGUUAUUACACAGCAAAGCUUUUCAUAAUGUGAAGUAAUUUGAUAACCCCCCCAUACUUAAAACACAAUAGACAACACAAUGCAAAACAGAAUAGAGCCUUUGAUUUUGAGAGGGAUCCAUCUCCUUUUAAUUCCUGGGAUUUCAUGAGGAAAGAAACGGUUUUUUUUUUUUUUCCCCAAAACGGGGUCUGUGGCAUCUCGUUUUUCCCAAGGAGUUUCAUGCUACCAAAAGUUAUCUUAGGACCUCUUAUGCAUGCAUUAAGAGUGGUAAGACAAAAAAAUGGAGAAAAAUAAUUCAGUCAACUGAGAAGAGGAGAGCCUUUUUCCAGAAAAGCGGAUCUAAGAAGAGAAAAACAUAAAAGCCUUUUAAAUAUACCUAUAACUUGAAUAUCCACUUUUAAUUAAGCUGAGCACUCUUUAAGGAAAUCCUUUUAAAUCCCUUGUUACUUGACUUUAGCCAUGCCAAGCAUUUAAGAUUUUCGGCUUUAGAACUUUUGAAAGUAAACUCACGGUGAAACCAGCAAGCCUUAAUCAGGUUUUGACUCAACUGAGUGUGUACAAAGUAUUUUCAAAAUUGUGAUUGAGACAGUGAAAGAGAUCCAACCCAAACAACUCCGUUUUGUUUCCAGCCCCCAAGCUGUCCUUGCCCAUCCCUCAGGGUAGGCCAAACAAACUUUGGGAGGAGCCGAGUUUACAUUCUACAGUCAAAAACAAAGAUGAUAAAAUAGCUGAUAAUAGCCGCUUCCCAUGAUAUACUUCCCUCUUGCCUGGGGACCAGACCGGAAACUAACCACAAUAUUAGAAACCAUGGCCCAGGAGCCAUGCAGCUGGAAGCUACAAGAUUUUGACCUUCCCUAAACUGCUCUCAAGAUCAGGCUUAAGAUAUUUUGUAAACCCUGCCCUUGAUGGAUCAGCUGGUACCAUCCUGAUUGACUAACUGGAUUAUCUGAUUUUGUGGCCCUCACCCAGGAACUGACUUAGCACAAGAAGACAGCCACCAUUGUGAAAUGGUGAAGACUAAAACAAAGUGUUGCCACGCGGUUGCAGAUCAUGUUCCCAAGGACAUGAAAUGAGAUGGAGGCUGUAACCAAGCUUGCUACGGGCUGGCUUGAACAGCAGGCUUAUGGAGUCCUGGGCCUGCAUCCUAACCUAAGAAAUACACUUUCGGGAAAUGGCCUCUAAAUCCUGGCUGAAUUUUUUAACCUUCCUCUGUGGAUCAGCAAUAGGAUUUCUUUUAUGUUCCCAGCUAUUUAGUAUUUUGUUGGGAGAACACGGUGACAUCCAGCCUAACGUUCUUCAUAAUGAUCCUCAUGCGAGGCAUUCAGAUGAUAAUGGACAGAAUCAUCUAGAAGGAGAAAUGAACUUCAAUGCAGAUUCUAGCCAACAUAAAGAUGAGAACACAGACAUCGCUGAAAACCUCUAUCAGAAAGUUAAAAUUCUUUGCUGGGUUAUGACCGGCCCUCAAAACCUAGAGAAAAAGGCCAAACAUGUCAAAGCUACAUGGGCCCAGCGUUGUAACAAAGUGUUGUUUAUGAGUUCAGAAGAAAAUAAAGACUUCCCUGCUGUGGGAUUGAAAACCAAAGAAGGCAGAGAUCAACUAUACUGGAAAACAAUUAAAGCUUUUCAGUAUGUUCAUGAACAUUAUUUAGAAGAUGCUGAUUGGUUUUUGAAAGCAGAUGAUGACACAUAUGUCAUACUAGACAAUUUGAGGUGGCUUCUUUCGAAAUACAACCCUGAAGAACCCAUUUACUUUGGGAGAAGAUUUAAGCCCUAUGUAAAACAGGGCUACAUGAGUGGAGGAGCAGGCUAUGUACUAAGCAAAGAAGCCUUGAAAAGAUUUGUUGAUGCAUUUAAAACAGACAAGUGUACACAUAGUUCCUCCAUUGAAGACUUAGCACUGGGGAGAUGCAUGGAAAUUAUAAAUGUAGAAGCAGGAGAUUCCAGAGAUACCACUGGAAAAGAAACUUUUCAUCCCUUUGUGCCAGAACACCAUUUAAUUAAAGGUUAUCUACCUAGAACCUUUUGGUACUGGAAUUACAACUAUUAUCCUCCUGUAGAGGGUCCUGGUUGCUGUUCUGAUCUUGCAGUUUCUUUUCACUAUGUUGAUUCUACAACUAUGUAUGAGUUAGAAUACCUCGUUUAUCAUCUUCGUCCAUAUGGUUAUUUAUACAGAUAUCAACCUACCUUACCUGAAGAUAUACUAAAGGAAAUUAGUCAAGCAAACAAAAAGGAAGAUACAAAAGUGAAGUUAGGAAACCCUUGAAAGAAAAUCAUGAGUGAACAAAGGUAAAAUGUCUAGCAUUGCACUGAAAAAGGACUUCUGCAUUUCUGACAUAGAACACUGGAAUCCCAGUGAGGAAUUCUAAGUGAACAUUCCUUAUAGAAACCUUUCACAUGAAUGACUAUAAACUGAAGCUUUAAAUGAGCUGUGAAGUCUGUUAAAAUGUGUUUUGAUACAGUAAUAUAUAAAUAUAUCUAUAUAUAUGAAGAACUUGUGUUUUUAAAAUGGUGGCCAGGUAGAGGAAUUAGAAAAGAGAUUUUGUUGCCUGUUUUCUGACCAUCUGUAUUAUUGUCACUGAGAAACUAAAAUAAUUAAAUUUACUAAAACUACACUGCACCAUGUUAGUAAUAAACAGAUCUGCCUUAAAGAAAAUUUUAGAAAGAAAUAUUGUUGCUCAGUGUUGUUAAUACAGCUCAAGAAUUGAGUUUAUAUUUGCAGUAUGAUAUAAAUGAUCCACCCCCCUCCACACACACACACACACACACACACACACACACACACAGAGUUUUUGUCUGAUGAAAAUGUUGCUGUGAUUAUUUAUAAUUGGUAGUAUUUCUUCCAGAAGAAGCUAAAAUAAAACUGGCACUUACCCUGAAGUGCAUUAAUAAAACCACACUUUAAAAUUUUCAUGGGCCUUGACUAUAUUAUAUACUUGAUUCUAAUUGGUAAUCUUUUACGGAAUCUCUGUUGUCUCUCUUCUAAAUAUGUUUAGCCACUCUUGAAUACCAUUCUCCACUAUUAAUUAACUCAAACCAUUCAUAGCAUUUGUAAACAUGUAUUUUACAAUAUUUGUUCCCAAAUUUACCCAUUGUUAAUUAUGAGUAACUAAUAAAUUUAAUGCUAUUUGAGGAUGCUUUUCUUAUAACAGUGCCACUCUCAGGAAUUACUGACAUUUUAAAUUGAUUAUUUUAAACUCUUUCCAACUACAUAGUUAUGGUUUAUUUCAUUGUCAUCCUGUUGAGAUGAGAACUUGUUUGUGCCUUUCAUAACUUGUUUAAAGCAGAGUUUUAAAAUUCAUUUAUAGGAUCUGAGGUGACUUAGUUACAGUGGCAAGAUUUUGACAAGAAUUAAAAACAAUAGAAAAUGCAGAGUGCUUAAACAAAAAUGUUAUAUAUUGAAAGAGUAGAUACUUAAUUUAUAAAUAAGUCUGAAGGUUGAUGCUAUUUUGGGAUAAUUGUUUUGCUAAUGGAUAGUUCUAACAACGCAGAAUACCUAGUCAAGACUGUCAUCAAAAACAUUCACAAAUGUUUCAUUCUAUUUUUAGUGACUCUGUUUAAAGAGUUUCUGAAGGGAAAGAAAUUUUUUAUUUUUAUUAUGUUUAGCAGUACUCAGUGUGUCAUAACAGAAUAUUUUACAGACUUUCUAUGAGAUUAUUUUUAUGGUACAAAAGAUUUACAUUUCCCUUAUGUUUAUCAUUAUGCCAAUUUUACAUAGCUGUCGUGCCACUGACUCUGCUAUUUAGCUAAGUAAUUCCUUUUUUCGGAGACCGUCUCACUCUGUCCCCCAGGCUGGACUGCAGUGGUGCAAUUCUCCUGCCUCAGCCUCCCGAGUAGCUGGGAUUAUAGGCAUGUGCCACCACACCCAGCCACUUUUCAUAUUUUUAGUAGAGAUGGGGUUUUGCCACGUUGGCCAGGCUGGUCUUAAACUCCUGAACUCAAGUAAUCCACCCGCCUCGGCCUCCCAAAGUGCUGGGAUUACAAGUGUGAGCCACAGCGCCCAGCUAGCUAAGUAAUUUAUAUUUAUUGUGCCAAAACAUGUCAAAAUCAUGACCUCUUUGAAUGGUAUAUUUGAGAGGAUGUUCAUUUCAUUGGCUAACCAUGGACUACUCUGCCCACAUAGUGAAAACAUGCACCAGUUUUUACCUAUUAUCAUGGUAGUAUCAUCUGCCAAAAUUUCAAGGCAUUCAUUUGAUUCUUUGAACAACUCUUCACCAUGGUGUGUACAUGAAUUUUCAUAUGUGUUACUUGACUAGAAGUAUAAAUGGUUUACUAUAAAUAUCCAAAAACCUUAAGAUUUGCUCAUAGGAAAUGAAUGUUGUGAUGAAUCCUGGGCUCUAGAGUCAGACUUGCUUGGAUUUAAAUUCUUGCUCCAACACUUACUGUUUUUGUAACCUUGAACAAUUUUACUUAAUCUCUCUGUGUCUCAGUUUCCUCAUCUGUAAAUUAGGGAUGAUAAUACUGCCUACCUCACAGGAUUUUUAUGAGGAUUAAAUAAAUGUAAGGUUCUUAGAACACUGUCUGUCCCAGAAUAGGGAGCAAUAAAUAGAAGACUGUAUUAUUAUUCUGUUACCUUGGAGUGUAAAUACUGCAUUUAAGUGAAGGAAAAAUUUGCUUUGACCAGAUAAGGAAAUAAUAGCUAUAAUUUAUCAAGUGCCAACUGUAUGCUAGGUACUGUACUUAGAUAAUCUGUGUAUAAUAGUGUUAAUCCUCAAAAUUUGGGUGUUUUUCCCCUAUUAUAGAUAAGGAAACUGAGACUCAGAGAAUUAAAGUAACUUUGUCACUGUCACAAAGCUAGUAAGUAACAGAGGUAGGAUUUAUAUUCAAACCCUAUGUGUUCAUUUGAACCGUCUCAGGCUUGGGGUUAUUCAUUUAGCAUUAUUUCCAUUUUUAUGUAUAUGUUAUGUGAUAUCUGAUACAUUGGCCAGUAAUAGUCAAAUUAACCCAGCCAAAUUGUCAAAGUGAUUCUUAAACUGUGGUUCUCACACUUGCCCGGAUGUUGUUAAAUGCAGAUCUGAAAACCCCAAUCUCAGAAAUUCUAAUUUAAGCAUGGGGCCCAAGAGUAUGCAUUCUUACCAGAUACCCUAGGGCAGCGAUUGUCAAAAGUGUGGUCCCAGCAAACAGCAUUAACAUCACCUGGGAACUUUGUUGGAAAUGCAGCCUCUCUCAGGGCUCCAUCUCAGAUCUACUAAAUCAGAUACUCUAAGGGCAGGGGCUAGCAGUUGUGUUUAAGCAAACUCUGCAGGUGUCUUUCUUAUCCUAGUUUGAGAACCAGUACCCAACAACCUACGUGAUUUUGGUGCAAAUAGUGUUUGAAACACACGAAGAUUACUGCCCCAUUACUAAGACAUUUUUCAAAAAGCAUGUUUUAAAUCACUGUAGUACAGGAUCACACUGUAUUAAAUCUAAAAUAAAGAUAACUUAAAGGGUCAUUGGAUCAUUCAUUUUGGCCAAAUUUUUAGCUUCUCCAAAGUGACUAAUAUUAGGGCCCACAAUAAAAUCUGUAAUUCUCCAAGUUUAGUAAUUUUAUGUUGAGGCAGGAAGGGUUCAUUAAGUACUAAUAAGUACAUAAUUUAUUAAAAGCAUACAUAAGUGUCAUCAAAAAGUUCCACAAUUGUUAAAAAAAAAAUUGAAGUAGUAAAUGCUAUUUUAUAACAUACAUUUUUCUGCUAAUUCAUUGUUUUGUUUGACCUAAUAAAGCAAAAGAAAAACAAAAAAGCAAUUCUCCAAGUACUUCAUAGAGCACAUAAAAUCAGAUUUCAUGAUGAUGAUGUAUUCACUAUCUUUUAGAUUAAGAUCUUUGUUAUUUGGUAAAUGAUUUUAGUAUGGUUUCAAAACAAGGCUUUUGAUGUCUUAUGCUCUCUAAUAAUGGUAUGCUUGUAUUUUCUAGUGGAAAGUUCAUAAAGCAGAUUUUUGUCCCAGUUUGCUUUCAAAUACGAAUUUCAGAGGAGUUUUUCUUACUGUAAUGAGGUAUGAAAAUAAAUCACUGAUCAGCUCUUAAUAUUUUUUUAAUAUGGAAUUGGAUUUGAGCAUUAAAUUUGCUAACUGGUUAGUUUCACAGUUUUCUUGAAUAUUAAUUUUUCCCUUGAGACUGUCAAACUAUAGUUAUUACCAGGUUGAUGCACUAUUUAUUAUACUUGAAAGAAUCCCUUGAUUAAAUUAUAUCUAGCAUUUUAUUUGCCAUUUAAGUUUUCAGUUCAUUAGACUAUUAUUCUUUGACAGUUUCUGCCUUGUGUUUAUUGCCCUUCUUUAUUUGCUUUAUUACUAACUUCCAUUUUCUAGUUACUCUUAAAUGCUGCCUUCACAGGGUUAAUUUGGCUGUUAAUAGUGAUUAGAAUUUUUAUUACUUAAUUGAUAAUUUUAAAUCUAUGAACUGGGUUUCCCUAUGAGAUUGAAAGUGAAAGUCUAAGAAUAAUGCCUGCUGGCUUUGGAGAUACUUGCCCUGCUUAAAAAUCUAUAAUUUUAAAUUAAUUCUACAUCUACAAUUAUUAAAGGAAGUAGUUAUUUGGAUUCUUCCACUCACCCUUUUCUCAAAAACAACAACAAAAAAAUCUCAUUUGCUUUAUUUUUCUGCUUUAUAGUAGGCCUGACAGAAACAUACCGAAGCAAUCUGGCAGACAACGUGUGGUAGAUUUUAUGCUAAAUGUUAAUGUAACCUCUGUUGAUUUUUUUAAAAAUGUGUUUAUAUAUAAGAUUUGAAAUAAAAACUUUAAUACAGGCUAGAAUAAGGAAUUUUACAAAUUCUCUUUAGAGAAACCAACUCUAAAGUUUUAGAGUUGAAUUGUGCUCUAUUUCAACUCCCUUACCUCUCUAGUUUUCAGUUUAUAUUAAGUUUUAGUAACUUUGCAGGGCCUUGCAAAUUAAUAACCUACAUGAAGUAUAUUAUUAGAGGGAAACUAAUCUUACUGCUAAGCAGUGUGUUGUACUACAUAGUGAAUGUUUGUGUUUUGGAAUUUAAAAAUUAUUUAAGGUAAUGGUGUUAUGAAUGGUUUAAAAAUGUCUGGUGACUUGCUUAUUUUAAGUGAUCACCAUUAAGUCAGAAAAAUGUAUUUUUAAAUGUUUCUUGAAGUGCCUUUUGAACAUUUUUAAACAGCGGAUUUAAAUAAUGCAUAAAAUAAAUUGCCGUGUUCAAAGUU